AUGACAGCCACCACCACCACCGCCACCACCACAUCCGUCGUCCCCCAGUUCCUUGCCCAGUACAGAAAAGACGCUUAUGUCAAAGGCUGGGCAGAUCUUUGGGAUCGAGGCGGUGACUAUGUAGACUGGGACAAGGGAUGCCCGAACCCAGCGCUCGAAGACACCCUCCUCCAGCAGCGGUCCAUUCUCGGGGGUCCGCUAACCUUAGACGAACAGGGACGACGGCAUCGAAAGAAAGCCCUUGUACCCGGAUGCGGCAGUGGUCUGGACGUCCUUCUUCUUGCCAGUUUCGGAUAUGAUGCGUAUGGUCUGGAAUAUAGCCAUUCGGCAGUGCAGACUUGCAAAGCGCAGGAAACCAGAAGCAGGGCGCGAGGUGAAUACUCGGUUCGGGAUGAAGAGGUUGGUGGCGGCAGUGUCACUUUCAUGCAGGGCGAUUUCUUCGAUGAUGAAUGGUUAGAAGGAAUAGGGCUCGGACGGGGAGGCUAUGACGUGAUUUAUGACCACUCGUUCUUCUGCGCAUUGGACCCAUCCCUCCGUCCACAAUGGGGUCAGCGAAAAGCACAACUCCUCGCUCCAACAGGUCGUUUGAUUUGCCUCGAAUUCCCUCGGCAUCAAGAUCCUUCGGAAAUGGGACCGCCGUACACGGCACUAUCGGAGGAUUACAUCGAGCAUCUCAGCCGGCCCGGUCUGAAACGUGUGGCAUACUGGAGACCUGAAAGGACGCAUGCGAAUGGCUUUGAUGCGCAGGGUGUUAUUCAGGAUCGGGUUUCGAUUUGGUGUUGGUGA